GUGUGUGCCCUUUGGCUUGCCCAUCACGAAGGACUUGACCAAGCUCGGCACCGAUCUCUCCCGGGUAGUGCUGGUCGACAACGCCAGGAGGUCAUUCUGGCUGCAGCCCGAGAAUGGCCUGUUAGUAGAAGACUGGAAAGGGAGGAACUCCGAUGACAAAGAGUUGGAGCGCGUUCAGCGCGAGGUGGCGGAGCUGCUGAAUUUGGAGGACGUGAGACCAGUGCUUGCACAAAGGUUGCGGCCGGGAACGUCUCCAAUGUUGGCCGUCAUCGCUGUUGCUGCGGCUAUGGCUGCGGCUGGAGUUGUCUUCUCUCAAGCCGACUUGGAUAUGUUUCAAAGGUAG